CUUUCUUGGAGAGUGCGGAAAAACCUUCGCUUAUAAAAUUUUUGGAAUUCCGUUUACGUGAAGGCAAUUUGAGUGAUUCAAAAAUAGAAUACCGCUGUUACAAUGAAGAACUAGAUACUAUCACAGAAUACUUAUCUGAUUCAUCUGAGAUUGUGAAGCAAGAAUUGCACAAAGUUAUUCAAAACGAGAACAGGUUUUAUAAGGAAAAAUCACGUCUACGACAAGAUUCAGCCUCCCUGAAAAAUAAAGAAGAUGAACUUGAUUUUGAGGAAAAAUAUCAGCAAAUGAACUAUGAAUCAGUUGUGAACGCUGAAAAUAAUCCAUUUUUAGGAUCUAAGAAUAAUUUAGACAGAGGAAAUGAAUCUGUUUCAGAUACUGAAAUUAUGCCUGAGACUAAAAUUAAGACUAUUAUCUCGAAAAGAGUCUAG